GCAGCAUAACCAGCCGAAGUGAAUUUCUUGUGGUUGUUCGGUAGUUUUGAAAGUUGAAAGAAGCAAGGACAACCAAAAGGAUGAUACACUCCGGGCGCACCAAGCUCGAGUGUCAGAUGAAUUACAGUGACGUAAACCGUCCCCCACUGCACGCUAGUCAGUGCUUCAUAGCUAUGGCUUAGAUGUCGUUAUCUGAUGACUUCAUAAUUUUACUAUCAGUCUAGCACUUGUUUUGUGAUUGGUUAUAUUAAGGCUGUUCGGUUGCUAUUCUAUUCAGAGCUAAGCAUUCAGUCCCUCUUCAUGAAGCGUUGACUAUUCUAAGAAUUGCUGCAAAAAUAGUACCAAGUAUAUGUAUAUUCAAACUGCGGAAUUAGAAAACGUUGAUGAAGAAGUAUAAUAUGGAAAUAAGAAACAUUACGAAUAAGAAUUAGACAAUUACAAAUGGCGUAAACAAGAGAUAGAAAUAUGGAUAAGCAAGUGACGCAAAAGCACUCUGUUAUGAAAUUAAAGGAGUUGUAUGUACAAAGUGACUGUUGACUAUCGGCGGAGACAAUUAUCUAAUUCAUUUAACGGAAAAAAGCCAGUCGAGUCGGCGUCGGUGGUGGGGGUCAGAUACAAGGAGUCGAGGAAGCCGGAAGUGGUGGGGGUCAGUGGUGGCGACAACAGCAACCUUCGCAUCACCAUCAUCAUCAUCACCAUCAUCACCACCAUCACAGUGGUUACUACACGGCGCAACACAAUCACAAUAAUCCUGUUACUACCAUGAAGCAGUCCUACAUGCAGUUGACACGAGUAUUUCAUGAUGAUGAAGCACAGAUUAAUAAGAAGCUUCCUAAGGAACUAUUACUUAGGAUUUUAUCAUACUUGGACGUGGUUUCCUUGUGUCGAUGUGCUCAAGUCAGCAAAGCUUGGAACGUUCUGGCCUUGGAUGGAUCCAACUGGCAGAGAAUUGAUCUGUUCGACUUUCAACGAGACGUCGAGGGUCCCGUUAUUGAGAACAUAUCCAGACGCUGUGGUGGAUUUCUAAGACAGUUAUCAUUGAGGGGAUGCCAAAGUAUAGGGAACAAUUCGAUGCGAACAUUAGCCCAAUUAUGUCCGAACAUUGAAGAGCUAAAUCUAAGUCGAUGCAAAAAGAUAUCAGACACAACAUGUGCUGCGUUGAGUAGUCAUUGCCCGAAAUUACAACGACUGAAUUUAGACUCGUGUCCCGAAGUGACGGACCUCUCUCUAAAAGACCUCUCCGAAGGCUGCCCUCUUUUGACGCACGUCAACCUCUCUUGGUGCGAACUUCUCACGGAUAACGGGGUCGAAGCUUUGGCCAGGGGAUGCCCAGAGCUAAGAAGUUUUCUUAGCAAAGGUUGCCGGCAACUAACUGACAGAGCCGUCAAAUGUUUGGCUCGGUAUUGUCCCAACAUGGAGGCAAUUAAUUUACACGAAUGUAGAAAUAUCACUGACGAUGCUGUGCGAGAGCUUAGCGAGCGGUGUUCCAGACUUCACUACGUUUGUUUGUCCAACUGUCCUAAUCUUACAGAUGCAUCGUUAGUAACACUGGCACAACACUGUCCAUUGUUAGGAACACUUGAAUGUGUUGCAUGCACGCACUUCACUGAUGCUGGAUUCCAAGCCUUGGCCAGAAAUUGCAGAUUGUUGGAAAAAAUGGAUCUGGAGGAGUGCGUCUUGAUUACGGAUGCCACCUUGAUACAUUUGGCCAUGGGAUGUCCUCGACUGGAAAAACUCAGCUUGUCACACUGCGAACUUAUAACCGACGAGGGUAUUCGGCAGCUGGCACUAUCUCCAUGUGCGUCGGAACACCUGGCAGUUCUAGAAUUGGAUAACUGUCCUUUGAUCACCGAUGCCAGUCUUGAUCAUUUGCUCCAAGCUUGUCACAAUCUGCAGCGCAUCGAACUCUACGACUGUCAGCUCAUCACUAGAGCUGGCAUUCGAAGAUUGAGGACACACCUUCCGAACAUAAAGGUUCACGCAUAUUUUGCACCAGUCACACCUCCGCCGAGUGCAGGAGCAUCGAGACAACGUUACUGCAGAUGUUGCGUGAUACUGUGAUCUGUUCGUUUGUUUGAUAAUUGAACGGAAUGAGCUACUGUUGUGAUUACGGGAUUUGGGAACGAUUCGCGAUACCCGGAAUCGGGAGAAGGAUACAUGCCUAAUGCGGUGAAUCACUAUGCAAUGUUGGCUGACGGUGCGAAUUGAAUCUUCGAUGAUCAAUAGCCCAUGUACUUGUCGACGAUUGAAUAAUAAUUCAUUAUCUAUUAUUAUUUAAUGCGUUUCCCCGUCUCAUGCUUGGGGAGUGAAUCAGGAAUAGGUUUUGUAGCUGUGCAUCUGAGUCGUUGACACAUGGAUAGCGCCUCGCUACUGCUGGAAGUCAUUUUAACGUCACACCAGAUUUGUUGCUUUACUCACACAGUGCGAGUAACAGUGUGAUAAUCAAGUCUAUACCAUUAGUUUCUACAUUUCUAGUUAUCGUUUCUUGGCUUCCUAGAGCCAAAACGUACGGUACUUGGUACAAAGACGCAAUGCCGCUGUCGGAAAUUUGGUAAAUGGUUCAAACUGGUAUUUUCUUUACAGAUCCUUUGGGGAUUUUAUUUCGUCGUUUCGUAACUUGUAUCUGUCACAUCGUAAUACGUAACUAUUUGCGAAUUGUGCAAGUAUUAUAUGUACAUGUAAUCAUUGUCAUUAAUUUUCUUUCAUUUUUUACUCAACUUGGACGCUUUUGUCGUGAUCCUGGCUAGGAGAGUACAGAGACUGACAAACGGAUCAAAGCGUAAUUUCAAUUCACGUUUGAAGUACAUAUUUCUCAGUAGCCUACCGCAGAUCAGAUACACUGGCAAGUGUAAUCAGAAAUUGCUUCGUAUUAUACAUGUAUAUGUGGGGCAUUCCUCUUCAACUAUACCAGCAUUCGCAGGAAGAUCAGUCGAAAAGUUUUCCGGUAUUGAGUAAGGCUACGUAAACAGUGAAAGAAAUUGAUUUUCUGGCUGUGGCCCCUCAAGAAAAUAAUAAUAAUAAUUGUCAUUCAUCGACAAUUAACGGUUUGCAAAAAUAAUCGUACUAAGAACAAGUGUACGGUUCACAUGUUGGUCGAGUUGGCAUGGAAUAUCCCACAUCUUUAUGUAAGGUGAUAUGUACACGAAGUAAUCAUUAGUGGCAAUAAAUUUGCCGCGACAUACCUUAUAUAUUUGAAUAAACUGACGGUAAUCUAAAAAUAUAUUAUAUAAUAUUGUAAGAAAAAACGAGAAGAAAAUUUCGAAAAAAGCGGAGAGAACGGAAAAAAAAAAAAAAAAAAACAAUUGGAAAAAAUUACCCAUAAUAAUAAUUAUCAUUAUUAUUAUGAUAAUAAGAUAUGUUUUAUACGCUGCUGGUCGUCUUUAGAAUUAUACGUAAUCGUAAAGUGUCGUCUGUGCAAAUGUUGAUGUAUGUUACUAAUGCGUAUGUAGGCUAAUUCACUAAAUUUAGCACCAACGUAAUGUAUUCGGUUUAUGGUUGCUAAAGGCAGUAACACUUAGUUAUUCGGGGUUUCCGAUGAGGCCGGUGCUAUAUCGACAUAAGCUUGGGUGUUGGUGUUAGGUUUAGUGAACAAGCCAGUUUCGAAUAAUGAGCCCUAUACAUUAUAUACAGGGUGAUUGAUUUUUAUUAAUCGCUUCACGUGGAUAUCUCGAAAACGAAAAGAAGAACGUUGAAACGUUACAAGAGUUCGAGUUUCAAAUUUUUAUUUUUCAAAAAUUCGACAAAAUUUCCUGACUUCACGUAUUAUAUUAGGAUAUUUUCUGGUAAAAAAAAAAUCUGACUAAUCCAGGUUUUUCAGGUUUUUAGGUUCUCGCGUAGAAUGGCAAUCCCAAAUUCGCUAUUAUCUCGCUAUAUUCUUUGUAUAAAAUCAGACGUUACUUGCAAAAUAUCGAAAAUAGUACGAUUCGCAAGUCAACGCAUAUCUGUAUUAUCUUACCUCUUUGAAACAAUUCAAGUUUUGGGUAAAACUUGUUCUCGCAUCACUUUUCAUUCUGGAGAUGUUCGCCAGGAGCGAUGGAAAUCGACUACUCUGUGCAACGAGAGUGCAGUGUUGCAUUCUCGAUAUAAUUAAGUAACUAGAGUGUGUCUGAAAUUUUUUUUUUUUUUUUUGUGGAUUUUUAACGCAAUAGGAGAAAUUUAUCAACAACUGUCGGAAAUAUUGGUCCCCGAAAAUUAUGAUCUCAUAUUAAAAUAUUAUUUGAUCAUGGAUUGAAGAUUCCAUUUAUGGGCGACGUUGAUUGCAUUUUUACUUUCUUUCCUUUGUACAGUAAUUUUCACGCAAAAUCUUGCAGAAGUCAACAGCAGCUGUUGCGUGGUCAAAUGCGAAAGUUCACUAUAAUCAUAUGGAGAGUUGAAUUUCCUAUAAUUAUUAAUUUCAAAGUGUGAAUGCUGGUUGAGAUUGGAUUAGCUGUACAUCCAGUGAAUGUGAAGUAGGUGCGUUAAAUGCGAAAUUCGGUAUUUGUCACACGUGGUUCAAUGUAAAUAUUAUUAAACUUUCUUGAAUCAUUUGCAUACAUUUUUUUUUUUUUUUCUUCUUCUUCAUUUUGUCAUUUUUUCGUUCAAAUGGAGUGUGUUUGAGCAAGUGUUUGGCUGUGCAGUAGAAUAGAUGAAUCGAAUAUAAAAGAAAAACGUAGAAACCAUGAAAAGUGUUUAUCUGCCUGUCGAAUGCCUCUUUUAUUACAUAAUACGCCUGUGAUACAAGUAAAUUAAUACCAGUUACAAUAAUUUGUAAAUGAAUGAAUGAAUGAGUGAAAUGGCUCUCAGAUAUCGGUAUCUUAUACCAAACGUAAAAACGGUAAAGAUAUAUAAAGUAAAACAUAAUUAGAAAAUUAAUAUACCCUAUGAUAAAUAAAUUCAUAACUGUAUACAAUUUCCAAGGAGCAAAUCGAAGUAUAUUGUAUAUCGAAAUAAUACAUACCUAUACUGUCAAUGCAAAAUAUUUAUCCCAACAUAACGCAAUUUAUAUUUACGUAGAGUUUCAAGUUGCACGCAACACUGUAUUAUUGGACUCUCAUUACGCAAAAGGCACUUUUUCAAACGAUCUAUGUGUUUAUUACUACUCUAUCAAUGUGUAGUCACUAUGUAGUUAGGACCAGUGUUGCAUUAAAUACUACCCAGGAAAAGAGGAGAAUGGGGGAAGAAUAUUAAUCACAUUAAAAUCUCUAUAAAAUAAAAUAUUCGUCUACGAUUUAAGGAUUAACUCUGUUGCUUGUUCGGAUAACUGGUUUGCUUACAUCCCCCAUCCCCACAAACGAAAA